AAGCCAGUGAACUGUGGAGCAACCGAAGCUGGAUCCGCGAGUGUGAGCAGCAGCAUCACAGCACACACGGUGUCCGGGUCGCGUCAGGCGCAGGUGCUGAUUUACCGCUUGGCGCAGUAAAGUAUGAUGUAGAGGUGCAGCGUACUCCAAGUCAUACAGGAGAGAGAACGAAGCAGCGGCAAGUGCGGUUAGCAUGAGGAAGCGUUCAAGGAACAGUCGCUCCUCGUCGAGUUUUGCAGGUCAUUAGUAGUAGUUAGAAAGUGUUCCGCGCUAGAGUAGAUCAAGAGGGGCGACACAUUGGUAGUGACGAAGGCGGCGAAUUUGGUGGUGUUACGAUGAACGAGACGCGGCUGGCAUGACAUGGGAGUGCCCGCCAGAGGAGCACUCGCGGCUGUGGUGGCCGCGGCCGCGUUCCUCGUUUACCUCAACAGCCUCUCGUGUGGCUUCGUCUUCGACGACAUAUCCGCCAUCAAGGAUAAUCGCGAUCUCAGGCCCCACACACCACUCAAGAAUGUCUUUUUCAACGACUUCUGGGGUACACCUAUGCAUAAGGAGCAAUCGCACAAAUCGUACCGGCCGCUUUGCGUUCUCACAUUCCGUUGGAAUUACAUGAUACAUCAAUUGGAUCCGAUGGGUUAUCAUCUUCUCAAUGUCGUUUUGCACGUCGGAGUGUGCCUCUUGUACUUCAGGAUAUGUUUGAUGUUUCUACCAGACAUAGCGAGUUUCGUGUCGGCGUUCCUGUUCGCCGUUCACCCCAUACACACGGAAGCGGUAACGGGAGUCGUCGGCCGAGCAGAGACCCUGUCGUCCUUAUUUUACUUGGCGGCUUUGAUGACAUAUACUAAGUGUUGUAGAAGUAAUAGAUCCACAGGUUGGCGAUCAUUAAUAAUGUCGAUGUUCUUUGUGUUGGUCGCCAUGCUGUGCAAGGAGCAAGGCAUCACGGCCACCGCCGUCUGCGUUCUCUAUGAAAUCUUCGUUGUACAAAGGGUUAGAGCUUUGGAUAUUGUAUUAGCUGUUAAGUCGGCCUUCGACGGCAAGAAAAUCUCGCCGACGUGGUCGAGCGAGGGCACCAAACGGCUUACGGUCGUUACCGUCGUCACCUUUAGUUUGUUAAUUCUAAGACUACACGUAAUGGGUUCGAAGUUACCCGUAUUUACCAGAUUCGACAAUCCUGCAUCCGUAGCACCGACGCCUACGAGGCAAUUGACGUACAAUUACCUGGCAGCUGUUAAUCUACGCUUGCUAUUCCUUCCAAUCGACUUGUGCUGUGACUGGACGAUGGGAACGAUACCAUUAGUUGAAAGUUUAUUGGAUGUUAGAAACUUGGCCACUUUAGCGGCCCACUCUAUGGUGAUAGGCCUCUUGGUCGCAGCUAUUUUAACGCGUAGUAGACAGACGUCAAUAAUUAUCAUCAUGAGUUUGGCGAUGAUGAUUCUUCCAUUCUUACCGGCUUCAAAUCUAUUUUUCCCUGUUGGAUUCGUCGUAGCCGAGCGAGUAUUGUAUGCACCUUCCAUGGGAUUCUGUAUGUUAAUUGGAUACGGCUGGCACAUUCUUUCCGAGAGAAGUAAAAAAUUGUCGGCAGUUUUUUUAUUGACGCUACUAACGUCUCAAGCAACAAAGACUUACAUGAGGAAUUACGACUGGGUAGACGAGUAUCAGAUAUUUAUGUCUGGGUUGAAAGUCAAUGAUCGUAACGCCAAACUUUUCAAUAACGUCGGUCAUGCCCUGGAGAGUCAAGGUCGUUUCACCGAGGCUUUGAACUAUUUUAAUAUGGCUGUGCAGGUUCAGGGCGACGACAUUGGCGCUCAUAUUAAUGUCGGACGAACUUAUAAUCACUUGAAAAUGUUCAAAGAGGCCGAGGAUGCGUACUUAAGGGCGAAAUCAUUACUGCCGAAAGCGAAGCCAGGCGAGUCAUACCAAGCGCGAAUCGCGCCGAAUCAUCUUAAUGUGUUUGUGAAUUUGGCCAAUCUGAUAGCGAAAAACGCCACGCGCCUGGAGGAAGCGGAUCUACUGUAUAGGCAGGCAAUAAGCAUGCGAGCGGAUUAUACUUUGGCCUACAUCAACCGCGGUGACGUUUUAAUCAAGCUCAAUCGCACGAAAGAGGCUCAGGAGGUUUACGAACGUGCCCUAUUUUACGACAGCAAUAAUCCGGACAUUUAUUAUAACUUGGGCGUUGUGUUUUUGGAGCAAGGCAAAGCGUCCCAGGCGUUGGCUUAUCUCGACAAAGCGCUCGAGUUCGAUCCCGAGCACGAGCAGGCACUCUUAAAUUCCGCGAUACUGCUGCAGGAGCUUGGCCGGGCGGAGCUGCGCAAAGUUGCCAGGGAAAGGCUUUUAAAACUAUUAAGAAAGGACUCGAACAACGAGAGAGUUCACUUUAAUCUGGGUAUGUUGGCGAUGGACGAUCACGACAGCGAGAGUGCCGAGCGAUGGUUCCGAAACGCCGUGGCUCUAAAAGAGGACUUUAGGUCGGCUCUUUUCAACCUCGCGCUAUUAUUGGCAGACGAGCAGCGACCGCUAGAAGCCGCCCCCUUCCUUAAUCAGCUUGUCAGAUUCCAUCCGGAUCACGUGAAAGGUCUGAUUCUGCUCGGCGAUAUCUACAUCAACACCAUCAAGGAUCUGGAUGCUGCCGAAAACUGCUACCGUCGUAUUCUACAGCUCGACCCAACGAACAUCCAGGGCUUACACAACCUGUGCGUGGUAAUGGUGGAGCGGAACAAGCUGGGCCUAGCGGAGCAGUGCUUGCAGCGCGCAGCCGCGUUGGCGCCCCAGCAGGACUACGUUCAUCGUCAUCUGGCGAUCGUGCGAGCGCGCAUCAAUCGCCUGUCCAAAGAAGAGCUUCAAGUGGUGGGUCUCGGCGACAAUCCGGAGAUCUUCGACGACUCGUUUUGGCACGAUCAUCAGCCUCCUCAGGAUACCGGCAGAGAGCACGGCCCGCAAAAUCGCGACGACGAGUUUUUCAAUCAUUUAGGGAACAAGGAGCAAGCGCCUGGGGAGGCUACUUUGGGCGCCAGACUUACCAAGAAUCUCAAUGGUCCGGCAGUAAGCAUGGUGGACGAUCUGAGCGGCAUUGUGGAGUCGCAGCCAGUGUUCGAGCACCACACGCUGAGCACUGGCACGAGUAAGUUUGAGUCGUCGUCGCAACGUCAUAAGCGGGCCGUGCGAGCGAAGAUUGCCGAGCAGAAGCUCGUUAACAGAAGCGGCGCAACGACAGCCAAUGCUGCUGGCGCUACGACAAGGAGCAAAGUCUAAAUGUCAACCGUUAAAUAGCGACGGAUUGGAAAAUUUUAUGUGCGAAUGCGAGUGAUGAGAGUUAACCCGCCGAAUAAUGUAAAGUUAUUAUAUACAUAUUAAUGAGGGUUAUGACCGAUGGUGUAGUCGUAUAGCGCUAAUGGUGUGAAUAUUAAAUGAAAUGACAGAGUAUUGUUUUAUAUGCUGUAUAAAUAGGAAAUUUUAUAAAAUAUAUUUAAUG